CAAAACUAACGUCACUUCCUCGCCCAUCCCUAAAGGAAAAAAAAAAGAAAUAUCGGAGAGAAGAGCGACGCCAGAAAAGUCCGUGAAAGAAGGAAAGCGAAAGAUAUUUAAAGAUACAUUUAGUCAUAAGAAGAACAAAUAGGUCCAAGCUCACCGAUAAGCACACGGUCAUCAAACUUCACCGGACAGGAGGACGAAUUCCUGGACAAAAGGCAGGUUACCUGCUUAAAAUUAACACACCAAAGUUUUGUUCCUCAGUUGCUACCAUGCCUCUCCACAAAUCAUCUUCUCGAGCACUUCGUCUGGACCCCACCAUGAUUUCCGCCCCCCUGGGUGAUUUCCGUCACACCAUGCACAUUGGUCGAGGUGGAGAUGCUUUUGGUGACACCUCCUUCCUGUCCAGCCAUGGCCCCUCUAGUCCUAAUCCCAAAUCUGCGGAACCCGUCGUGGCAGCCACUGUAGAGGCCACAGACACUCAGAUGAACCAUAACAAUGAAUUUGAAUACACAGAAGAUCCCGGUCCCAAUGAGCUCCGGCAUUCAGAUUCAGAUUCAGUUUCCUCCUUUGACCUCGACUUGGAUUUAGGGCCUUCGAUUUUGGGAGAUGUUCUGGGAGUGAUGGACGGGCUGACGAUGGGUUCUCACAAAGACAAUGAAGAGGUGUUUAGUUCCAGCAAGAGCACAAGAGAUGUGAUGAUGUCACCAAGGAGUGCUGCCAAUGAGUUGAACGACAGGAUGAGAAUGGAAAGUAUUACCAAAGAGGUGAACCAACAAGAUGAGCAGCUCAAUGAGGUCAAUGGCAUGAAAUCAAAAGGGCUCAGGCCCAAAGUGCACUUCAGCGACAAACGUGAUGAGAUCAUUGGGCGACAGGAGAUAAUCGAAGGGCUAGAUGUGGAAGUUGAAGAAGAAAUGGGCUUGAGACCAAAUAAGGGGAUGCAAGACAUUAGUGGCAGAACGGAUUACAAUACAGAGCCAAGACAAGCAGAGGUGGUUAAUCAGAUGGAGGACAACUCUCCAAGCCUCUCUUCCUCCGUGAGCUCAGAGUAUGAGGGAGUCUCACCGCUGGACCGGAGGAGAGAAGACCAGCAUCUUUCAGAAACCGAUUCAGAGGAGGAGGGUGCCAACGGACAACAAGGGUACACUUUUGAGGACGAAUCUGACGAUGAGAUUGGCCUAUAAGGGGACAUAGGGAGCAAUUUGAGGACCAAAAAUAAAUCAUUGGCAUAUGGAUCAUGACAUAAACUGAAUUAUUCUUAAAAAAGAAAAAAAAAACAUCCAUACAUGGAGAGUUAAUGAAAAUUUACUCUUGAGGUAAUAACUGGACAAUUCGGAACUUUCUUUUCCAAGUUUACAAUGGCGUUUCCUCAUUUUUGGAACUAUUUUAUGAAAGUGAGACAAUGUUACGUUUUUGUUUUUUUACUGGAUUUUAUAACUACAAAUGUUGAAAGUCUCCCAUGGACAGUGUGAUGCCUUACAGAGAAUAACCUAUGAACAAGCAUAUUCAUACAUUUCCCAUCAUCUCAACUUUAUAAUAUUGAGCAUAAAUGUUCAGUUUUUUUCCCAAUUCAUAGCUCUGUUAAAGGGCACUUUGCCUUCUUCAGUUAACGGGAAACAGCUUAAUCUCAAUGGAGAGUGAAUACCUACAGUUCAUACAGAAUGGAACAAAAAGGUAAUGCUUAAAAUGACAGCUGACCAACUAUAACAUACAAAGUUAUGUUAUUGUUUAGAUUACGGUUAUCUACAGUGCCAGAAGAUGUUUUCCAAUGUUAGUUUCUCUGAAAAGCCAAUGACGAAGCUUUUCUUUUUGUGGGAAGAUGCAAGGUUGCUGAAUGCAUUCACAAAUGCUGGAAUUUCUUUUCCUGGGAGUUUUCAUUAUCACAUAUACAUUCAUAUCUUAUAAUGGAAUAAGCAAUCAGAUUGUGUAUUGUUGUUGGAAAUGUAAAAAGUGCAAAUAUGAAAUGCUCGUAAUAGUUACACACUACAAAAAAAGUCUUAAAGCUAAAGAGCCGCAAACUUUUAAGCUUUUAAACUGUGAAGGAAAAUAAUCUAGUCGAUAAUUUGCCUGUAGCACUCAACUAGAUUCAUAAAUGAAAAGCUUUAAUAUGCUGGAUUCAUUUUAAAAGCAGUUGCUUUUAUCUUGCUUUCGCAGUUGGUUGAUUUGAAUACUAUAGAAUAUAUAACAGACAAUCAGUGAUUUUACACUCUGCCAAUUGAAAUAAUGUAGAUUGGGCCAGACCAAAAUGCAUAAUUAAAGUUUUAUUAAACUA